CGCCACCCCCUCGGUGGGGCCCCAAGUGUGCACAGCGAAUCCUCAGUCAGAUCGCGGACAGCAGCGGGGAGAUGCUGCCGUCCAGAACGGCAAAACAAGACACUUUACGAGAAAACUGGACAGUUCUUUCAUAUUUGUCAAAACAUGGAUAAUAACGACACAUAUCUUCAUCUCAGUUCUUCUUUGCAGGUAACACAUGGUCACCUGAGCUCUCCUUCGUCCCAGCCUCAUCUCAGCUCCAUGGUGUCCCACCAUCACCCCUCCAUCAUCAAUGGUCUAGGGUCACCAUACUCAGUCAUCACUUCCUCCUCCCUGGGUUCGCCUUCAGCCUCCAUGCCCACCACCUCCAGCAUGGUUUAUGGCGCACUCAGCAGUCCACAGGAAGCCAUUCUGCAAUAUUCUCCGGCACAUAAAAGCAUUAAAUGGCUUUUCACAGUGAAGUAGCUCAGCAAUACCAGCAGCUAAAAAGGCUCCCCAUACAAUGAUACAUCUUCCUCAAUGCUUCACUGUGAUGAACGCUCUGAACAGUGUUAGCAGCUCAGAAGACAUUAAACCUCCUCCAGGACUGGUGGGACUGGGCAGUUACUCCUGCAGCAGCCCGGGGUCCCUUUCCAAACACAUCUGUGCCAUCUGCGGAGACCGAUCCUCAGGGAAACAUUAUGGUGUUUACAGCUGUGAAGGAUGCAAGGGCUUCUUCAAGAGAACCAUCCGGAAAGACCUCACGUACACGUGUCGAGACAAUAAGGAUUGCCAGAUAGACAAGCGCCAGCGGAACCGCUGCCAGUACUGCCGCUAUCAGAAGUGUCUGGCCAUGGGCAUGAAGAGAGAAGCGGUGCAAGAAGAGAGACAGCGGGGUCGGGAAAAGAGUGAUAAUGAGGUGGAGUCCAGCAGCAGCUUUAAUGAGGAAAUGCCAGUGGAGAAGAUUCUGGACGCUGAGCUUGCAGUGGAACCCAAGACUGAAGCUUACAUGGAGUCCAGCACGGGAAACUCGACAAAUGACCCAGUGACCAACAUCUGCCAGGCCGCAGAUAAGCAGCUCUUCACUCUUGUUGAGUGGGCUAAAAGAAUCCCGCACUUCUCUGACCUCCCUCUGGAUGACCAGGUCAUCCUGCUGCGAGCAGGUUGGAACGAGCUGCUCAUCGCUUCAUUCUCACACCGUUCAGUGACGGUUAAAGACGGGAUCCUUUUGGCCACCGGCCUACACGUCCACCGUAGCAGUGCUCACAGCGCAGGGGUGGGCUCUAUAUUUGACAGGGUAUUAACAGAGCUGGUGUCUAAGAUGAAGGAUAUGCAGAUGGACAAAACAGAGCUGGGCUGUCUAAGAGCUAUCGUCCUCUUUAACCCAGAUGCGAAAGGAUUGUCAAACCCAUCAGAGGUCGAGGCAUUACGGGAAAAGGUUUACGCCUCACUGGAGGCCUACACCAAACACAAUUACCCCGAUCAGCCCGGCAGGUUUGCCAAGCUGCUCCUCCGUCUGCCCGCUCUGCGCUCCAUAGGACUGAAGUGCCUGGAGCACCUGUUUUUCUUCAAACUCAUCGGAGACACACCUAUAGACACUUUCCUCAUGGAGAUGCUGGAAGCACCGCAUCAAAUCACAUGACAAAAGUCUUACUGCAUGUAAAUACCCCCCAGCGCACACUUAACCCCAUUAUAACAAAAAAGAAGUUCUUAUUUUUUACCAAGCACAAUGUGAAGAAAAAAAAAAACAUACAAAAGAUUUGUAUUGGUAUUUUCAAAGAAAGAGACACUGUUAAAGUAAAAUGUAAGAGUACUGUAAACCUUUAUUUUGUACAUAGAUUUUACCAACUGUGAUAGCUCCAACAACUAAAUGUGAAAAUAUUUAAUUCAGUGCAAAACUGUAUAAACAGUCACCAGCAAUGAGUUUAGAAUUCUGUGAAAAUAAAAGUCUUUUCAAAUGUU